AUGAAGGAGAUCUCCGCGGAAACGUUCUUGCGAAGAUCCAUGCCUGGAGAGGAGCUUCCAACGGACAUCACGGACCUCUAUUAUCCAAGCGAAGGCUUGAUCUACAAUGUGAAAUCUCAGCGACGUGUCAACGUCGAGAUCGCAAAAAUCGCUCGCUCUGUCUUCUUGGCCGAGGCGAGGACUCGCUGUUCAGCUAAACCUCGCAUGCUGCUCCUAGAUACCUCGACGAGGUUCCUGGAAGCCGACAGCCUCGGCGCCGGUGGGCACCAGCGCACCCGGCACCCUGACCUCUCCAUCUACUUCAACACUGAGCGCACUCACGAACUACUGGCCGCGAACCCACCCGACGAGUCCGAUGCCUGCGACGAACUCGGCGACAGCUCACAGACUCCGACUCGCGCCGAGACCAUGAAAGAAUUCAUCGGUGCAACGUCGUACGCAGACAUCGUCGUUCCUAUACAAGUGAAGACAUCCCACGACCACGCAGCCUUCCGGUUCCAAAGUCACACUGGCGGGGUGGCACGCCGUUACAGCGAGAAAGGGUGUCAAUCUCUAGAGCAAAUCACCGAGUACUGCUCUGCGAUUCUAGGACGACAGCACCUCACCCAUCUGUACGCGGUGUACAUCUGCCGCGACAAGGCCCGGCUGCUCUUUGUCGAUCGCGAGCGCUGCUACAUCUCGGAACAAUUCGUGUACGGCACACGCGAAGAUCAGACCAUGCAUCGCUUCUUCUGGCGACUCGCGCGCAUGGAUCGUCAGCAACUCGGUUUCGAUCCGUCCGUUGCUCUGGCCGACGGUGAAGACGAGAAGAGGCUGCUCGCGCACGCACAGGGCAUGAAGACGGCCGAUCCGCAACGGGCUCUUCUUCUCCGGGCUCUGUGUCGUGAUCCGAAGACCGAGACCCACGAAUCAGUCUCCUCGCAGUGGCCACUCCAGCGCAUGACGGUCGGAACGAAGACGUAUGUGGUUGGGCGUCCUAUCAUCCAGACUGGUGCGUUGUACGGACCCGCGCCGCGAGUGUUCCACGGCUUCCAUGUCGAGCAGGACGGUUCGAUCAAGGGUUACACUAUCAAGGACUAUUGGCGACCCGACCACGAGGAGAUCGAGCUCGAGCACAAGGUCUACGAUCGGCUGAAAGAGAAGAAUGUCCCCUACAUCCCCAGCUGCGUUUAUGGCGGAGACGUCGAAGUCGACGGUGAGGCCCAGCGCACGGAGAAUGGGAGCCUCGUUCACUACCGUAUCGUCCUCGAGAAUAUGCUCGAGCCUCUGCUGGAGUUCAAGGAUUUCCUCGAGCUGUCAGAGUUCAUGUUGAACGCCAUGACAGCACACGAGGAGGCGUGGUCGAACGCACCAACACUCCAUCGUCAAAUCAGUACGACCAGCAUCGUCAUUCUCUCCGAGUUUGAGGAUGGGAAGACCAAGCGAACCGCGUUACUCAGUGAUUGGGAGCUGUCGAGGACCAAGACGCAGAUGGACACUGCGACAGGCCCUCGGCAACACGGGGCGGUAUCAGACAACAUGAAGGAGAUAGACAUCAAAAGGUUCUUUGAGAAAUACGUCCCCGAGAUGGAACCGCCACCGGAGGUCUUGGAUGGAUUCUACUAUUCAAACAAGCUUGGCUCGACCACUGACGAUACAAAACCGGAGUGGCAUAUCAACUCCGAGAUCGCGAAAAUGGCUAAAUCUGUCUUCGAGAUCGAAGGAAAAAUUUGUCGCUAUUCGGAGAAUCCUACCAUGGUGCUGCUGGACACCUCGAAGUCAUCCCUGGUAGACGACAGCGGCGCCGGUGUGCAUCAGCACACCUGCCCUGACCUUUCAAUUUACUUUAACAGCGAGCGCACUGGUGACAUGCUGCGUGCUAAACCUCACAAGAAGCCAACCAAGACCACUCGUGCGGAGAAAUUCGCUGGUAUAACGUCGUACGCCGACAUCGUCGUCCCUCUAGAAGUGAAGACGUCGCAGGACAAAGCAGCUUUCUGGUUCGAGGGUCGCAAAGCUCGUUCUUCCGAGGAGGUGGCACGAAGUGACAGCGACAAUGGACGUCAGCCUCUAGCCCAGAUCACCGAGUACUGCUCCGCGAUCUUGGGACGACAGCAUCGCACCCAUCUGUUCGCGGUAUACGUCUUCCGCAACCAGGCCCGACUACUCUUUGUCGAUCGCGAAGGCUGCCACAUCUCGGAAGCGUUCGUAUAUGGCACACGCGACGAGUGGACGCUGCAUCGAUUCUUUUGGCAGCUUGCGAGCAUGGAUCGUCAGCAACUCGGUUUCGAUCCUUCGGUGACUCUGGCCAACCCUGGAGAUAAGAAGCAGCUGCUCGCGCACGCACGGGGCAUGAAUAUGGCCGAUCCGCAACGGGAUCUGCUUCUCCACGCUCUGUGUCGUGAUCGGGAGAACACCGACAAAUCGGUGUCCACCCAGUGGCCGCUUCAGCGCAUGACGGUCGGAACGGACACGUAUUUGGUUGGGCGUCCGAUCAUCCGGACCUCUUCGCUGUACGGACCCGCGCCGCGAGUCUUUCAUGCUUUCCGCAUCGAGAAGGACAGCUCGAUCAAGGGCUACUACACUAUCAAGGACUAUUGGCGACCCGACAUCAACGAGAUCGAGCUCGAGCACAAGGUGUACGGUCGGCUGAAAGAGAAGAAUGUCCCCUACAUCCCCAACUGUGUUUAUGGCGGCGACGUCGCGGUCGACGGCGAGGUCCAGCGCACGACGAAUGAGCACCAUGUUGCUUGCGUCCACUACCGCAUCGUCCUCGAGAAGAUGUUCCAAUCUCUUUUAGACUUCAAGAACUUCUACGAGCUGCCGGGCUUCAUGCUGACCGCUAUGGCCGCACACGAGCAGGCGUGGUGCAGCGAAGUAGAAACACUCCAUCGUCAAAUCAGCACGAACAGCAUCGUCAUCCUCUCCGAGUUUGACGACGCCACCCAGCAGAUCACGCGAACCGCGUUCCUCAGUGACUGGGAGCUGUCGAAAACUAAAACCCAAAUCAAAAAUGCGAAAGCCCCUCGGCAACGUGGGGUGGUGGGACCCUGGUACUUCCGGUCGAGUCUGUCGUUGAAGUAUCCCUUAUCCCGCCCGUAUCGACUGAGCGAUGAAGUCGAGGCGUUCGUACACGUCUUCGAGUAUCUCGUCCUGCGAUUCCACAUGACGCAAUACACCCAGAAGGAAGGGUUUUACGAGGUGCUGAAAACCGCCGCUGACGGUACCUACGCCGCCUGCGCCCCCGGCAGUGACGGUCUUUACACGGGCGGGAUCGAGAAGUUCAAAAACAUGAAGCUCCCAGAAUCCUGGCUCAAACCCAGAGGCAACAAAACCCUAUCCGAUAUCCUCAAUGAGAUCGCCACAGAACUUUACGGCAGCAACCCUGCUAAGGAGGCUUCUGGCGACGUGUCCUCGGACCAACCUUCCGUCGCCCCCGCCGACGGAGUCGCGGAGGCGACAAUCGGCUUGCGUCGAGACCCCCUAGAGGACGGGCCGCUCAGCUCCCACCAAGAGCUCAUGGCGAUCUUCAAGGACUAUGCGGACAUCAAGCGGUGGGGCGGGGAGAACGCGAAACCCACCGAGUACCGCGACUUUUUCCGGGCGGCGAACAUCGCCGUUCCCGGGUUCGACCAGAACGGUGGCGUGAUCGACCCCGAGGACGACGUGAGGGAGACGGUCUGGCCGCUGGCGUUGUAA